GUGUCACUAUUUUUUCUUUUCCGUCUUUUCUCUCCUUGAUUAACACCCAUACCAUAGCCGCGGUGUUUGGCGUUGAGCAGUGUAAACGAAAAUGACUGUAAUUAUUCUCAUGGUUUACUUGAUAUCCUUAUUGUUAUCCUUAAGAAAAGACGUUGGGAUCCCUAGCCUUUAUGUACGGAGUACAAGUAACUAGAAGUACACCCGGGGAUGCGCAGAGCCAAGACUGGUACAGCAACGUUUCGUCCCCGGAAUACACGUGCGGAAAAUACAUCACCAGCGUUCGUUGUUUGUCCGAGUCUGUUUCUCUUCCUGUUCGUCAGAUUCAGUCCACAUACAAAUCCGGACAGAAGAGGAGUACAUCAACGUGCUGUCAUUCCAACUUUCCCGCAAUUGGUUGUGGCCAUCUUGCCUCUCGCCCGCUUAUCACCCAAAAUUAGAAAACGCCCUGGAGAACAAACAGUGUCUGGGCUGUGGUGUUUUUCAAUCCUUCCUCUUUUAUUAAAAAGGCGCUAGUCUCGACGCAGAAGAAGCCUUUCGCAACGUCGCCUCCUCCGUCCGCGAACGUUUCCCGCCUCAUCAUCGCCCACGUUUC